AGAGAGGAUGAACAGAGUAACGGUAGAUGUCUCAAAUCCAUGUGGGAUGCUAGCCACAAACCCUCUCAUCAAAUCGGAUUAUCCAAUAAAAAAGAAGGUUCGGUUCAUUCAUGAAAUAUAUGCCAAUUUGAGUUUUGCACAUGAUAUGCUUGAUUCCAUAGAAAGAGUUAGUACGAAUAAAAACUAUGCGCAAAAUGCAAUGUGUCUAUUAUACCAAGCCAACAUGAGACUCCAGUGUAAAAGAAUACGGAAAAACAGAUCAUGGGCCAAUUUUAAUGAUUCAGGAGCCUGUAAACAGAACACGGGAUUGGUCUACUCGAAUGGACCUUGCAUUCAAGACAAAGAGAUAGAAGAUUUAUUGAAAACUGAAGAAGCCCGACAUGUUUUGAUCAAUACAUUAUCGUUUUGGAACACCUGUGUAACAGAAAGAAAGCAUAGACUAACGUUGAAACGAGGGUGUUAAAAACUAUAAAAAGAGUGGAGGACCGGAAGGAGAUCUGAUGAUCGUCGUAACGGAGAACGCAAAUUAAAUGAAAGAAACGUAAGACGGCGGGAUACAAGAUGGAUGAAUAGUCCUAGCAUCUGUGAUAUACGUAAUGGCAGCAACCCACAUAAAACCUCAUUCAAACAAUAUAUCUAUAUAACAUACACUGUACUAUCAAGUUUAUCUUUUUCGACAUUACUCGCAAAUUUCAGUCAUUGUCUCCAGAUGUUAAAUUUAUGUUUUAC